GUCAUCUCACUGCGACGGUCCUCUUGAAUGACAACAAUGUCGAAGUGAUUCCUCAGAGUCAUUAAAGUUGGGACGCUAACGCGGCGCAGCAUGGUAGAAAAGGAGGCCGGUAAAGGCAGCGAGGCCGCCGGGGAGAAAGGCUUCAGGACACCGGGACUUCGCGGAGCAACGACCACGACACUAUUCCGAGCGGUGAACCCUGAACUCUUCAUCAAACCGAAUAAGCCGGUGAUGGUUUUCGGGCUGGUGACCAUCACCUUGUGCGUGGGUUACCUGGGAUACCUGCACGCCAUGAAAGACAACGAGCAGCAGUUGUAUGAGGCUGUGGACAGUCACGGGGAGCGAUACACCCGCAGGAAAACGUCCAAGUGGGACUAGAGCGUGGACUGAUGCAGGACAGAAAACUGUACACGUGUUCACACUGGAAAAGUGAAUAAAGGUGAUCAGCUGAAGUUGAGCUGAGGUGACGCAGGAAAGGACGCAGAAGGAA